AUGUCCAUCCAGGCCAUGCCGGCCGAGGUUGACACUCACAAGGCCUACGGCUCUGGUGAGGUCAAUGAGUCUCCGCGAGCUCACUCGAACUCUACAGAAUUGAGCAUCGAUGAGAGUGAUCUUGAACCCAGCGAUUUCACGAUCGAAAAUGUCGAACGAAUUUACCGAAAGCUUGACAAGCGCAUUAUAUCCGCCUUUUGGGUUCUUUACUUUAUGUGCUCGGCCAUUCGAUCAAACGUCGGAUUGGCCCAGACAAUGAAUAUCAGUUCCGGCCAUGAUCUUGCCGAAGUGUUGCAUUUGAAUCCUCAUCAAAUCUCUACUGGCUUGGCACUGUUCUACGUCUGCUAUGUGGUUUUCGAUCUGCCAUCGAAUUUGGUGAUGACUCGUCUGAGUCCGCACGUUUGGAUGAGCCGAAUUGUCAUCAGCGUGGGUUUGAUUGGUACUUGUAUGACCGCAAUGAAGGCCGCGUGGAGUUUUUACCUACUCCGUCUGCUUCUCGGCAUUGUCGAAGCCGGUCUAUGGCCCGGUAUGACAUACUACCUCACGCUUUUCUAUCCACCGUCCCGGAUUGGGAAACGGAUUGGUCAGUACUUCACGGCGUCUCAAGUCUCAGCGGCCGUCGUUGGACUCGUCUCGGCCGGGUUCCAAAAGAUGGACGGACUCCAGGGCUAUGUCGGGUUCCAGUGGAUGUUCCUUAUUUACGGCGUCAUCACCAUUGCACUGGGCUUUGCGGAGCUGUGGUGGCUUCCUGACCGACCCGUGGCUCCUGGUGCAGAUGCCCCCCGGCGUUCCAGAUGGCUGCGCUGGUUGCCCCAGAGUCGCCCGGCCUUGACCGGUCGCGAUGCCCUCGUUCACUACCACGACAUGAAGCGUGUGUAUCACAAUUCCAAAUGGAAUCUGCGGGACCUGCUUCAUGUCUUCAUGGACUGGAGGCUUUGGCCGCUGUUGGUCAUGUACUUUGGCGUGGUGGGUGUCGGGAUUGGGGUUCAGCUGUACGCCAACGUCAUCAUCAAAGCUAUUAACCCGUCUCUGAACGGUGUUGAUCUCAGUCUACUGACGGCCCCCAUCUGGAUCAUGGACCUCAUCGCCAUUCUCCUCGUGACCCCCUUCUCUGAUCGCUUCCACCGCCACCGCGCCCUCUUCUUCACUAUCCCUGUCCUUCUCCAAAUCCUCGGUCUCCUGCUCACCAGCUAUGCCGGCACCGAAGAGAACCCCUGGCCCCGCUACGGCGGCCUCCUCAUCGUCGGCUUCGGACUCGGCCCCACCGUCCCCAUCACCAUGACCUGGACCGCCGAGAUCUUCCAGCCUCGCCACGGCGAAGUCGGCGUCGCCGCCGCCUCGGCCGUCGUCUCGGGCUGGGGUAAUCUGGGCAGUAUCCUCACCACGUACGCUCUGUAUUCGGGCUGGAAGAGUGACUACGAGGCUCCGGGUCGACAGAAGUAUCGCAAGUCUAACCUUGUCAUGAUUGGGAUCUUGAUUGCGAGUAUACUGGCUGCGAUUACAAUGCAGCUUUUGCUGCGGAUCGUGGAUGGCAAGUAUGCUCGAGACCAGGUCGAUUCGGAAGGGAAUGUCGUCGAUGGAGCAGCGCAGCGUGAAGCACAACAGCGCGGUUUGCAGGGCCUGGGAGCAGGUGUGAGACGCUGGUUCCGGCCGGGAAAUGACGAGCGCAAGUGA